AUGUUUAAAUUGGUCAUAUCCAUGCAUGUUCAUUUACAGAUGAGAGUCUUUAAUUGUCUGUACAUCGAACCGCGAGCACUAGCACAGGAGCAUUUGAGACACAACACUCAAGCACUCUUACUUAGCCUUGACUUCAUAUUCACAAACGCCUUCAAAUUCUGUCCUACAGACGAUGAUGAGCGUCUUCUGCAGUCGCGUAUGAUCGGUAAUCCUAAACGGCGAUUCAAAAGAGUGGCCGAACUAUGUCACAGCAAGAAGAUCUGUGAACUCGGAGAGGUGAAUAUGGGCUCAGUAGACCCAGACAAUCAUAAUGUAGAACAUGAAAUUAUCCGAGGGAAGGGUGGGUGUGGGCGUGCACAGCCGGUGAGCUGGCGCAGGGAUGGAUUCAAGAUUACUGCAGAGUGGAAAGAGAUUGAUGAGGAUAGUAACGAGAAGAAGAAGCUCAUAACGGCCGAGAUGGCGCAUCAGAUUCUCAAGCGCAUCAGUGACAAAGACUCGUGGAUCCUGGGCUUCGACCCUCAGUGGUGCCGGCCCGAUUGGAUGAUUUCUACCAUCCUGCCCGUGUCUCCGCUGGCCGUACGCCCCAGUAUCAUGAUGGAUUCAGCAUCGAGAAGUUCCGAUGAUUUGACAUACAAACUGGUCGAUAUUCUUAAAUGCAAUAUCGAGUUGAAGAAGCACGAACUGGCGGGGUCCCCCGCUCACGUACUGUCAGAAUACAUUGAUCUGCUGCAGUUCCAUGUGGCAACCAUGACGGACAAUGAAUUGCCUGGUCAGCCCGUAGCCCAACAGAAAAGCGGACGUCCACUCAAAUCCAUUCGUCAGCGUCUGAAGGCCAAAGAUGGCAGAAUCAGAGGCAAUCUCAUGGGAAAACGUGUCGACUUUAGUGCACGUACGGUUAUUACCGCCGACCCUAAUUUGUCUAUUAAUCAGGUCGGUGUACCCAGGUCUAUUGCGCUGAAUAUGACAUACCCGGAGACUGUGACACCAUACAACAUCGAUCAGAUGCAGCAGCUCAUCAGCAACGGCCCCACCGAACACCCCGGUGCCAAAUACAUCAUCCGAAAGGAUGGUGCGCGUAUUGAUCUGCGGUACAAUCAGGCCUCCGCUGAUCUGCAUUUGGAACCAGGCUACAAAGUCGAGCGACAUAUGGUGGACGGAGACUACAUCAUCUUCAAUCGUCAGCCAUCGCUGCACAAAAUGAGUAUGAUGGGUCACAAGGUGAAAAUCCUCCCGUACUCCACGUUCCGUAUGAAUUUGUCUGUGACAUCGCCCUAUAAUGCCGAUUUCGAUGGAGAUGAGAUGAAUUUGCAUCUGGCGCAGAGUGUGGAGACCCGAGCGGAGAUCGAUCAGCUAAUGAUGGUGCCUCGGUGUAUUGUAACACCCCAGGCCAACAAACCCGUUAUGGGUAUUGUGCAGGACACACUGACCGCAGCGAGGAAGUUCACAAAACCCGACUGCUUUAUUGAGAUGGACGAUGUGAUGAAUCUACUCAUGUACCUGCAGCAUUGGGAUGGUGUCGUACCCCAGCCCGCUAUUUUGAAACCCAAACCGUUAUGGACCGGCAAACAGCUUUUCAAUUAUUUAAUCGUCCCGGGAACUAAUUAUAUCAACAACAAGAAUCAGCCUACAGAGGAAAAGAACCACAAAACAAACAGAGACUUCUCGCCCACAGACAGCAAGGUGCUGGUUAUCAACGGUCGCCUGAUGAGCGGACUGAUCUGUAAGAAAACCAUUGGUAGCAGUGGGGGAGGUCUGAUCCACGUCAUGUUCAUGGAGCAUGGGCCUGAGAAGACUAGGCAUUUCUUCGACUCUAUCCAACAUUGUAUCAAUCAAUGGCUGAUGAUUGAAGGUCACUCAAUGAGUAUCUCCGAUAUGAUGGCUGACGAAUCCACCAACGAUAUGAUCCGAGCGAGAAUUGCUCGGGCUAAAGAGGAGGUGUCUGAUAUCAUCCUUACAGCCCAGAUGGAACAGUUGGAGCCCACGCCCGGUAACAGUCUGCGGGAGACGUUUGAAAACAAAGUGAAUCAGACGCUGAACAAGGCCCGUGAAGAUACUGGUCAGCUGACUAACGAGAAUCUGUCGCGGUUCAACAAUAUGAAAGCGAUGGUGGACUCGGGGGCCAAGGGGUCCCUGAUCAAUGUCUCGCAGGUUAUUGCCUGCGUAGGGCAGCAAAAUGUAGAGGGAAAACGUAUCCCGUUCGGAUUCCAGUAUCGUUCGCUUCCGCAUUUCCUGAAAGAUGACUACGGACCCGAGAGCAGAGGAUUUGUGGAGAACUCGUAUCUUUCUGGUUUGACACCAGCUGAGUUCUACUUCCACGCAAUGGGAGGUCGUGAAGGUCUGAUUGAUACGGCUGUGAAGACAGCUGAAACUGGUUACAUCCAGCGUCGUCUGGUGAAAGCUAUGGAGGACGUCAUGGUGAAGUACGAUGGUACUGUGAGAAAUGCUCUGGGGGAUAUCAUCCAGUUUGUGUACGGAGAAGAUGGUCUGGACGGGACGGCCAUGGAGAGUCAGAAUCUGCCGAUUCUGAAGCCUUCGAAUCAGGCCUUUGAGAACAACUACAAACUGUCUGUACCUCAGAUCAAUAAGCUGCGCAAGGUUCUCAACACCGACAUCGUCGAGGAGCUACUAAGAGACCAGGGCGCGCAAGAGAUUCUGAUGGGCGAAUGGACUCAACUGCAGAACGAUCGUGAAGAUUUGCGUGUGAUUUUCUCGGACGGGACGGAUAACACGCCCAUGCCUGUCAAUCUCAACCGCUUGAUCUGGAAUGCCAAACAGAUUUUCCGGAUUAAAGACCACAACCUGUCGGAUCUGCAUCCGUGCUUGAUUGUCCAGGGUGUGAAGAACCUCAGUGAUCGUCUGCAGAUGAUUAAAGGUGAAGACGAUAUCAGUCGACAGACGUCCGAAUCGGCCACCAUGCUGUUCAAGAUUCUGCUGCGUUCCACUCUGUGCUCACGUACGCUUCUAGAGCGCCACCACAUGACCUCCGAGGCUUUCAGUUGGUUGCUGGGAGAAAUCGAAGCACGUUUCCUGGCUGCCUAUGUGAAUCCAGGCGAGAUGGUAGGGGCCUUGGCUGCUCAGAGUAUUGGAGAGCCGGCCACACAGAUGACUCUGAACACGUUCCAUUUCGCAGGUGUGGGUAGUAAGAACGUCACCCUGGGUGUGCCCCGUUUGAAAGAGUUGAUCAACGUCGCCAAGACGGUCAAGACUCCCGCUCUGACGGUCUAUCUGGUGGACGAGUACCGACAGGAUAUGCAAAAGGCGAAGUAUGUGCAGUCCAAACUGGAGCACACCACACUCCGCAACGUCACCGCAGGCACGGAGAUCUACUACGAUCCCAAUCCAAGUGAGACGGUCAUCGCUGAGGAUGAGGAGUUUGUGAGUGCUUUCUACGAGAUGCCGGAGGAAGAUCUCGAUAUCAAUCUACUGUCCAAGUGGAUGUUACGUAUCGAGCUAGAUCGUAAGCGAAUGGUUGACAAGAAUUUGAAUAUGGAGCAAGUCGCCGCGCGUAUCUCGGAGGAGUUCGGCGAAGACCUGUGGUGCAUCUUCAGUGAUGACAACGCAGACAAGCUUAUUCUGCGCAUCCGUGUGAAGACUGCGCCGCACGACAAGGACGAGGAAGACGGUGAAGAUGAGGACGACCAAUUCCUCAAGAAGGUCGAGAGCUCUCUGCUGAGUACCCUUGAUCUGCAGGGUAUCCCCGGUAUUAGCAAGGUGUACAUGACUGAUAAGGACAGGCGUAAAAUCUUCAACGAGAGUGGAGAGAGUGCCCAGGAGGAUGAGUGGAAGCUGGAAACCGAUGGCGUCAACUUGUUGGCUGUCAUGUCUGAGUUGGCGAUCGACGAGAUCCGAACCACGUCCAAUGACAUCGUAGAGAUCAUCCACGGAUUGGGUAUCGAAGCCGUGCGAAUGUCGCUUAAAAAUGAGAUCCAUAAGGUUAUCUCCUUCGAUGGUUCCUAUGUCAACUACCGUCAUAUGGCCAUGCUGGUCGAUAUGAUGACCUUCCGAGGCCACCUGAUGUCUAUUACGCGUCACGGUAUCAACCGUAACGACAACGGUUGUCUGCAAAAGGCCUCCUUCGAGGAGACGGUCGAGAUUCUGUUCGAGGCUGCUGCCUUUGGAGAGACGGAUUACCUCAAGGGUGUGACGGAGAGUAUCAUGCUGGGUCAGUUGGCGCCGCUUGGAACGGGUGAAUUCGAUCUGUUCUUGAACGAGGAUCAACUCCAGUUCGCACAUGACGUUCCGCAAGUGGCGGACUACAACUCAUCCAUGUUCGACUCGUUUGCGCCAUCCACCGGCAUCUUCACACCUUCGCACGACUCCAUGUCACCGGAAUACGGCGGCUACUCGCCCGGUGGUAUGACCCCUGGCGCACAGUUCUCGCCCAUGCCCGACUCGGGUGCCUUCUCUCCGGCCUAUUCCAACGGCCCAGGAUCGCCCGGUGAACCGUGGUCGCCGACAUCCCCCGCAUACACACCCUCGUCACCUGCGUACAGCCCCACUUCACCGGCUUAUUCGCCUACGAGCCCGUCGUACAGCCCCACCUCGCCGGCAUAUAGUCCAACUUCGCCUGCUUACAGCCCUACCUCGCCCGCAUACAGUCCAACGUCGCCAGCGUACAGCCCCACAUCUCCAUCGUACUCGCCGACGUCCCCUGCAUACUCGCCCACCAGUCCGGCGUAUUCACCCACCAGUCCGGCUUAUUCGCCUACGUCGCCGUCGUACAGCCCUACGAGUCCGGCUUACAGCCCGACCAGUCCGGCUUACAGCCCCACAUCGCCUUCGUACAGCCCCACAUCGCCUUCGUACAGCCCCACGUCACCGUCCUACAGCCCCACCUCCCCCGCUUACAGUCCCACGUCACCCGCGUACUCGCCCACGAGCCCGUCGUACAGUAGCUCGGCGGCGGUCUACUCGCCGAGUUCGCCUGCGUACAGUCCGACCAGUCCGUCGUACAGUCCCACAUCGCCGUCGUAUAGUCCGACGUCGCCGUCGUACAGUCCGACAAGUCCCUCGUACAGUCCAACGGAUAUGUCCUAUUCCCCGACAUCUCCGGUGUAUUCACCGGAUGGCACAAACGGCACCAAGAAAGACGCCAAGUAGUAGUGCCUGUUCUGCGCGAGUCGCCGAUUUGGCUUAUAUCGUACGAGUCUUUUUUCAGAAAUUGACGUUGGUUUACUGUCGUUUGGGGAAGAAUUGUAUUUAUGGAAUAGGACUGGAUGCUACGUACUUUUCCCCAGCGAUAGGGCUGUCGGUGGUGUAGUCCGUGUCUCGAGGUGCACGUAUAAGCGAUGCAAACAGUUCUGGGCAUUGGUUGUACCACGUGGAUUUCUCGCUGUAGCACUGAGAUCGGAUGAGAUGCCGAAACUCGGUUUCACCGCGACGUUGAAGAUUAUCUGCGAGAAAAUGACGAGAAAUAUGCGUACAAAUGUCCAUCAACAAGAUCCGAAUACGGCAGUUGUAUAUCGCACUUUACACACUGACUAGAGUGAUACGGGAUUUUGGAGGAUAGCACUGGAAUGUUUUUUUUUGGUGCUUGGGCGAGUCUUCCUAACAGUAGGAGUUCUGCUGGAUAGCCGCAGGGCGAAUUGACCCGCCACGUACACGUGAGUGCCUUUCCCAAUAGCUACAUCACCUUUAGUGAAAUAAAGAAGUUGUAAACUUCAACGCGGAUGGAAUUUACGCUUCGAAGCUAUUUUAUGCACGAUUUGUUGAUAAAUAACCCUUCCAUCAUGUAAGAAGGCCAAGGAAGCAAGCAGGAGCCCAGAGCCAAGAGGCCAUUAUUUUAAAUACAAAAAUCACUCGCCUGGUGGCUGGUGGUGUCUAGUGAUUGGUGGUCGAACCAAAUCUAUUAAAACUAUUGGG